AUGGCGUCGCUGCCGCUCCCCGGCUCUUCCUCCUUCUACUCAAGCGAGGGCGAGCUCGCCUGCUUCCCGUACCCGUCGUUCGAAUGGGGGGGAGCCGGCCGCCGCGUCUCUCCGUACCACCCGCCGCCGCCGCAAACCCUAGCCCAUGACGUCGCCGCCGCCUCCCUCCUGACCCCUCGCGCGUCACCCACCUCGCCUCCGCCCAUCGCGUCGCCGCCGCCUCCUCCCGAGCCCGCGCCCGGCUUUUCCUUCUGCCCGACCGACAGCGAGCUCGUCUCCUUCUACCUCCGCCCAAGAAUCUCCGGCCAGCCCCUCCCGGACGCCACCAAGCAGUUCUUCCACGAGGCAGACGUAUACGCCACAGAUCCGGCCUCCCUCGUCUCCGGCCGCCUGCCAGGCCCGGCGAGGGCUCAAGGCGAGAGCAAGAACUGGUACUUCUUCAGCCUCGUGAAGCCCAGGAGCGCCCAGGACGUCCGCAAGUGCCGGAUCGUCGGAGGAGGCAAAGGCACGUGGAAACAAGAGCGAGGGAAUGACGUCGUCGGCGCCGAGGGCCACGCCGUCGGGCGCUUGGAGAAGUUCACCUACACGCCCAGUCCCAAGGAAGACAAGAAGCCGCCGGAGUGGCUCAUGAUGGAAUUCAGCGUCGGCCAAGAAGACGGCGGCGAGCCGAGGCCGGUUCUUUGCCUCUGCAAGAUCUACCAGAGCCCGCGGUUCCUCAAGUUCGCCUCCAAGAACUCGGUGUCCGCGCGCAAGAGGAAGACGCCGGACGAUGGCCCUCGUCUUUCCCCGCCAUCUCUGCACGCGUCUGCACCCAAGAAGAGCAAGGCCCCCAUGGACGAAUCACUCGCAGCCAGACGGCAGCUCCUGUUUCCGUCUUUGCCCCCUCCAUCAAAUCUGCCGUCGCCCGUCCCUUCGCCCCCUCCUUCCGCGCCAAAUCCCGUGGUGGAACUGGAAGACGACUUCUUGGCGAAGAUUCUUGCGGACCCAGAGAUGAACUGGUCCUGGGAAGAGCUAUCUGCGCCCUUGCCCUGCUCAAUGACGGCAGUGGCACCGGCCCUGCUGGGAUCCUGCCAUGGAAGUCAGUGCGCUUAA